UUAGCCCAAUUCCGCGGGAAAACCGCGGACUUGGCAACAUAUGUUAAGUUUCAAAACAAACCGAAAGUAAAACUGCAAGCAGCCAAAGACGUUUGCACCGACGUGUACAGUAGAUGAACAGCACCGAGGAUAAAACCGCGAAAAUCACCAAAACACACAACCUUUUGAAAGCUAUGGAAGGAGAGGAGAACAGACGGAGAAGAGCAUCUCCAGAACCCAGCUGUGUGUCUCUGAAGAGCAUCGAGUCCAUGUAUGAACAUCCUAAAUUCAGUGAUGGAUCGGUGCCCUCUGACCCCAGAAAGCAAUUUACAGCUGCUUCGUCAGAAACCAGCUGUGUGUCUCUGAAGAGCAUCAACUCCAUGUAUGAACAUCCUAAAUUCAGUGAUGGAUCGGUGCCCUUUGACCCCAGUGUGGAGAGAGGUGCUCAUUCCAAAUGUGGAUUAUCCAGUUUCGGUUCUCCUCCCCACAACACUGCAGGUGUUAAUGUGUUCAAGGAGAAAUACAAAAUGAGCAUGAUAAUCAAGUAUGAGAGCUUAUUUGAGGGAAUUCAAUUACAAGAGAAUAAAACCCUCCUGAACAGCAUUUACACACAGCUCUUCAUCAUAGAGGGGGAGAGGGAAGGAGUGAAUGAAGAACAUGAGAUCUUACAGAUGGAGAAAAAUUACAUUACACUCCAGGAAACUCCAAUCAACUGCAAUGACAUCUUUAAACCUCUGCCAGGAUAUGAGAAGCAGAGAGAAGACGUAAUCAAGACUGUUCUUACUAGCGGCAUCGCUGGAAUAGGAAAAUCAGUCUCUGUGCAGAAGUUCAUUCUGGACUGGGCCGAAGGAAAAGCCAAUCAGGAUGUAGAUUUCAUGUUUGUGCUUCCAUUUCGAGAGCUGAACUUGAUCAAAGAUGAUCAGUACAGUCUUCACAGACUUCUGGUGGACUUUCAUCCUGUACUUCAGGAUCUGGACUCAAAGAUUCUUGAGGAGUGUAAAGUUGUGUUCAUCUUUGAUGGCCUGGAUGAAAGCAGAAUUACACUGAUGUUUUCAGAAAAUGAGACAGUUUCAGAUGUGAAUGAGUCUUCAUCAGUGGGGGUGUUAAUGUCAAAUCUCAUCAGAGGAGAGCUGCUUCACAAUGUUCUCAUCUGGAUCACCUCCAGACCAGCAGCAGGCAGUCAGAUCCCCUCACAAUACAUCAACCGUCUGACAGAAAUUCAUGGAUUCAGUGAGCCACAGAAGGAGGAAUAUUUCAGGAAGAGAAUCAGUGAUGAGCAUCAAGCCAGCAGAAUCAUCUCACACAUUAAAAGAUCAAGAAGCCUCCACAUCAUGUGUCACAUACCCAUCUUCUGCUGGAUCUCAUCCACUGUGCUUCAGAACCUCCUGAAACAAGAGGACAGUGCAGAAAUCCCUAAAACUCUAACUGAGAUGUACAUCCACUUCCUGCUCACUCAGAUGAACAUGAGGAGUCAGAAGUAUGAAAAGACAUGUGGGAGAGAUCCAGAGGAACUCCUGAAGUCCAACAGAGAAGUGAUUGUGAAACUUGCUGAACUGGCUUAUAAACAGCUGAUGAAGGGCAAUGUGAUGUUCUAUGAGGAGGACCUGAUUGAGAGCGGUAUAGAUGUCACUGACGUCACAGUGUAUUCUGGGAUUUGCACUGAGAUCUUUAAGGAGGAAUCUGUGGUGCAUCAGAGGAAAAUCUACUGCUUUAUACAUCUGAGCUUUCAGGAGUUUCUCGCUGCAUUUUAUGUAUUUUAUGGCUUUGUAAAUAAUAAUUCAGAGUUUCUGAAUGUUUUUGACUUGCUUCCUAAUUUGCAUAGAGGAGUGAUAGAGGUGGCUCUUCGGAGUAAGAAUGGACACCUGGAUCUUUUCCUGCGGUUCCUGCUGGGCAUCUCACUGGAGUCCAAUCAGAGACUCUUGCAGGGUCUGCUGACACACACAGAGGAGAGCUCUGAGAGCAUCAGGACAACCACAGCUUACAUUAAAGACAAAAUCAAACAUGAACAGGGUCUCUCGGCUGACAGAUCCAUCAAUCUUUUCCUCUGUCUGCUGGAGAUGAAAGAUCAGACUCUGUUCAGAGAAAUUCUGGAGUUUCUGAAAUCAGUCAAACACUCAGAGAAUAAACUCUCUCCAUCUCACUGCUCGGCGAUCGCCUACUUGCUCCAGAUUUCAGAUGAGGUGCUGGAGGAGUUGGAUCUUAAGAAAUACAACACAUCAGAUGAGGGCAGAAGGAGACUGGUACCAGCUGUGAUGAACUGCAGAAAAGCACUUCUCGAUGGCUGUAAUCUCACAGAUCAGUGCUAUGAAAUUGUGGCAUCAGUUUUAAAAUCAACUGAUUCGCCCCUGAUAGAGCUGGACUUGAGUAACAAUGACCUGCAGGAUGCUGGUGUGGAGCUCAUCUGUGCUGGACUGAAGAGUCCAAACUGUCGGCUGGAGAUACUGAGGGUAUCUGGCUGUAUGGUCACAGAAAAAAGCUGUUGUUUUCUGGCUUCAGCUCUUAUUUCAAACCCUUCACACCUGAGAGAGCUGGAUCUGAGCUACAAUCACCCAGGAGAUGCUGGAGUCAAGAUGUUUUCUGCUCUGCUAGAGAAUCCUGACUGCAAACUGGAGAAACUCAACUUAGACCAUUGUGGAGAUUUCAGGAUCACACCAGGACUACAAAAAUAUGCUUAUGAUCUCACGCUGGAUCCAAACACGGCAAACACUCGUCUCACUCUGUCUGAGGGGAACAAAAGGGCGAGGCGUGUGGAAGACAAGCAGCCAUAUCCAGAUCAUCUGGAGAGAUUUGAGAACCAGGAACAGGUUCUGUGUAGAGAAACUCUGUCUGAACGCUGUUACUGGGAGGUUGAAUGGAGUGGGGGGGCUUAUGUUGCAGUAACAUAUAGAGGAAUCAGAAAGAAAGGAGGGAGUGACUGUAGAUUGGGGUGGAAUAAAAAAUCCUGGAGUCUUUUCUGUACUAUUGAUAGAUUCAGUGCCUGGCACGAUGAUAAGAACACAGACAUACAUGUCCAGUCAGACCCUUUGAGCAGAGUAGCAGUGUAUCUGGACAGGCCGGCUGGCACUCUGUCCUUCUACAGUGUCUCAGGCACACACACACUGACACACAUACACACAUUCAACACCACGUUCACUGAACCACUCUACGCUGGGUUUGCAGUUUAUGGUUCAGUGUUUCUUUUAGGGUGAACAGCCUCCUGUUAUUUACAGUAGAGACAGUCUGUUUUCAUUUAGACUACACUAUAGCUGUAGCUUCGCUUUAGAGCGUGGGAUUUCAGCGCCCAUGCCUGUCAUAUUCACUAACCAUCUGCCGUCAAACUUAACCAGAGGCCGGAUUUAACUCCUAAGAGCAAUUCUUGAAACUUUUUGAAGACGUUCUCAAAUGUGCUUUCAUAUUUUAAGAACGUCUCAUAUGUUUCUCUUAAAAAGAAAAUGACAGUCUUCGGCAAUAUCUGAUAUAAAUGGCGGUUCUUGCGGAACACUUAUAGGCUUAGAUCUCUGCCACAAUUCUGCGCGCAAAAGAUCAUAUUUUGAG